UGUUUUUUGAAUUGUAGGUAGGUAUUGCUUUAAACCGGCAUGUAACUGUCAAGUUGAAUAGUAAGUUUAUUAUAAUGUUUACAACUAUUACAAAAUGGCUAAUAUUAUCAAGUUAUUUCUAAUAAUAAGUGCAAGUUUUUGGUUGGCUUACUGUAAUAAUUCUGAAGGAUUCGUUGUAUAUUGUCCCUGUAUGGGCAGAUUUGGAAAUCAAGCUGACCAUUUUUUGGGCGCAUUAGCAUUUAGUAAAGGCAUUAAUAGGACACUUGUAUUACCACCAUGGGUUGAAUAUAGAUAUGGAGAAGUUAAAUCUAUACAAGUACCAUUUGAUGUAUAUUUUAAUGUUGAAUAUCUACGUCAGUAUCAUGAUGUUAUAACAAUGGAAACAUUUAUGAAUGAUAUAGCUCAGAGUAUUUGGCCACCUGAAAAAAGGAUAUCGUUUUGUUAUACUCAGAGAAUUGGUGAAAUCAAAGAAAGCUGCAAUGCAAAAUCUGGAAAUCCAUUUGGACCGUUUUGGGAUACAUUCAAUAUAGACUUUGUUAAAUCUGAGUUCUAUGGACCACUGAAUUAUGAUGCUCAAAAUAAAAACAUGAUGGAAUCAUGGAAAAAGAAAUAUUCAAAAGACUGGCCAGUUCUUGCAUUUACUGGCGCCCCAGCAAGUUUUCCCGUACAAGUGGAAAAUGUCCAUUUACAAAAAUACUUAAUUUGGAGUGAUGAUAUAUUAAAAAAAUCAAGAUCCUUUAUUAAAAAACAUAUGAGUGGUGCAGGAUUUUUGGGGAUACAUUUAAGAAAUGGUCAAGAUUGGGUGAAAGCAUGUCAGCAUGUCAAAGAUAGCCCCAAAUUAUUCUCAGCCCCACAGUGUGUUGGAUACAAAAAUGAAAAAGGGAAAUUGACUUCUUCAAUCUGUCUUCCACCAAAAAAUGACAUUAUCAAACAAAUCAAAAGGGUACUCAAGAAGCAUAAGGAUAUUAAGUACAUAUUUGUUGCUUCCGAUUCUAAUCAUAUGAAAGAAGAACUUCAAAAUGCUCUUCAAUACUCUGAUGUGCUCAUUGUGAAGUUAGAAUCCAACAAUCCUCAUCUAGAUCUGGCGAUUUUAGGACAAGCUAAUUAUUUUAUUGGUAAUUGCGUGUCAUCAUUCACAGCAUUUGCAAAAAGAGAAAGAGAUGCCAAAGGAUUACCAUCUGAAUUUUGGUCUUUUCCCGACAGAAAAAAAAACAGACAUGAGGAGCUUUAAGUAAGGUGACCCUGAUGAAAAUCUGCUUCCUUCUAAUUUUUUAUAACUACAAGAGUUGCAGAGAGAUAUUUUUGUAAGAAUAAUAAAGAAUUUUCAUAUA